AUGGCCAAUGCUCGUACCCCUACGGUAACAGCUUCUGGCGCUGGAUCGUCCUUCUUGUUCUCUCGUAUGUCUAGUCUCCCCGUGGUCAACUCUGCAUUAAAGGCAUAUGAGAAUGGCAAACAGAACAGUAAAGUUAUGAAGUAUGGGGCUGAAAUGGUCGAGUCAAGUGUAAAAUCUUUAUCAAAGCCGGUCUUUGAAAAGCUCGAGCCGACUCUUGGUCAGAUCGAUGACUUCGCUCGUACACAACUGGAUAAGGUAAAACAUAGAAAAGACUCGGCUCGAUCUUCCAACGACAUGAUUCGUCCUGACUCCAACUAUUUCGCUCAUCGAUCACGCAACGACAGCAUUGAUAGCGUCUCUUCAAGCUCUAGUUCUCGUCAACCAAGUUUUGAUUCUCCCUCGCUGAGAAAACGCUCCGAUUCACAAUCGAGCCAACAACAACGACCAUUAACAUCGUCUAACUAUCAAUACUCCUCGACUCAAUCAGUUUCCAACAAUCAUUAUAGCAGCUAUGGACAAUCUGGCCAGGUUGGGUCCGUUGCAAUUGCCCCCUCUCAGCAGUUCUCAGGUUGGAAAGGAGUCGUAGCCUCAGUAGGAACAGCCUCCGCUGCUGGUGUGGCCAUCUUUAGUGAAGAGAGCAUGAAGAGUCUCAAGUACUGCCUUCAAUGGCUACAGUAUGCGGUACAUCACAUUGAGCACCAAAUCGGAUUAUUACGUACAUUCCUUGUGUCUCUGGCUAGUCCCUCAAAAAGCACAGAAAUUGUCCCCUCAACCGCUGCAUCAACGCUGGCUUCUAUUAAGAAGGAAGUUGUAGAUACUCUCCGCAAGGUGAUCAGUAUUGUCUCGCGCUACGCGGGCGCCUGCUUACCUGACCCUGCCAAGAUCAGCGUUCGUCAGUUCAUCCUGUCUAUGCCUGUCCGUUGGGCAACCCUCAAUAAUGAAUCUGUGCCUUCUACUCCCAUUGGAUCUCCAUCUUUGGGUCCAAUUGAUCGCUCCCCUGAUGAAAUUGCAGCCCUGAAUGAAACCUCAGAGCGGGCGACUCGUGUUCUCGUUUUCGCCAACGAGUCUUCUGAUAUGCUCAAGUCUGUAGCGGGCAUCUUCAAAGAUUCUGUUGACAAGGCAGAGAAUUGGAUGGAUAAACUUCGUUAUGUUGGAAUGACACCUCAGAACAGUGAUGGUUUGCCU